AUGGAUGCUUUGGCAAUCAGUUCUCAACCCAUUUCCUAUGAUUUUCGGAAAGAAACAUGGAGGCAUACACUCGUACUGUCAUUUCAAAGCCUUGGUGUUAUAUACGGUCGUUUGAGCACAGCUCCUUUAUAUGUGCUCGAAUCAAUUGAUCCAGCGGAUAUUAAAUCACCCGACGAGAUACAUGAACUCUUCUCGUUUAUUUUUUGGACUCUAACUAUUAUCCCAUUACUCAAGUAUGCUUUUAUUGUGUUGAGAGCUGACGACGAGGGAGAAGGUGGUCCGUUUUCGUUGUACUCAUUACUUUGUAGGCAUGCCUCGGUGGGUCUGAUUCCUUCGAGUAGAAGUGCAGGCAAGAUUCAGCAUGAUGGUGAAGAAGGCUCUUCCAAAGGAAAACUCGAAACCAAGGCUAGACGGGCUAUCGAAAAACACAAAAGCAGUCACUAUUUACUGCUCGUCCUGGCUUUGCUUGGUGCUUGCAUGAUAUUAAGUGAUGCGGUUCUUACGCCCGCGAUUUCUGUAUUGUCAGCGACGUCAGGUCUUGGACGCUCAUGCGCGAAAAUCUCUGCUAAAUUUCUCUCUUCAGACGACACGAAAGAUCAUGUGGCAAAUAUCAUGAAGAAAUAUGUUCCGACUCCUGCAGCAUGUGCAAUUUUAGUUUGCCUUUUCACUUUGCAGCAGCACGGGACAAAGAAAAUCGGGUGCAUAUUUGCUCCAGUAGUCAUCGUAUGGCUUUUCUUCAUCAGUGGGUUCGGUCUUUACAAUAUCAUCCAUUUUGAUACCCAAAUCCUCCGCGCUGUCUCGCCGCUAUACAUGCUGAGGUUUAUAAAGAAUACUAAUUUUAGGCACUGGAAGCUACUAAGCAGCAUAGUCUUAUGCAUUGCAGGAUCGGAGGCAAUGUAUGCAGAUCUUGGUCAUUUUUCAAAGAGAUCUAUUAAGGUUACCUUCAUAUACUUUAUCUAUCCUGUCCUUGUUGUGACUUACGCCGGUCAAUGUGCAUAUUUCUCCAAUUAUCUUAGCACCCCCGAAGCUGUUCAUCUCAGUGAAUCGAUACCUAAUAAGACGCUUCAGCAUGUAUUUGCCAUUUUGUCGCUGUUUGCUUCAGCCGUUGGGAGUCAAGCUACCAUAACUGCUGGUUUUUCUAUCAUAAACCAGUGUCAAGCCCUCGACUGUUUUCCCAGAGUGAAAGUUGUCCACACAUCGAAAAAAAUACUCGGCCAAGUUUACGUCCCGGAUGCCAAUUGGCUCUUCAUGACUUUGAGCUUAGCAAUCACCAUUGGCUUCCAUGAUGUGGCACAACUUGGAAAAGCAACUGGCAUGGCUAUCACUGGCGGCAUGCUCGUGACAACUUGCCUGAUGUCGCUGGUGAUCGCCCUUUAUUGGGAGCGGAGCCUCCUCUCGUCCGUCUGCUUUCUCCUCCUCUUCGGCUCCAUUGAGACCGCUUACUUCCUCACGACCCUCCUCACGGGCUUCUUCCGUGGCUCAUGGGCCCUCCUCGCUCUCUUCUCCCUCUUCAUCUCCCUCAUGGCCACCUGGCACUAUGGCACCUUCAAGAAACACGAGUUCGACCUCCACAGCAAGGUCCCCGUCGAGUGGCUCACCGACCUCUCCCCAAGCCUCGGAGUCUCCCGCAUCCCGGGCAUCGGCUUCGUCUACUCCGAGGUCGAGUCCGGAAUCCCAGCCUUCUUCUCCCAUUUUGUCACCAACUUACCCGCCUUCCACCGCGUGCUCGUUUUCGUCACCUUCAAAUCUUUCCCCAUGCCCCACGUCCCGGAAGACGGGCGCUACAUCGUCGGGCGCGUGGGCCCUCCCGAGCACAGGGUCUACCGGUGUGUCGUGCGGUAUGGGUACCGGGACGGGGAGCUGGAGGAGAUUGUGAUGGCGAGGGAGAGUGGGACUGCGUAUAUCAUGGGGAAGUCACACGUGCUGCCCGGGAAAGGGUCUAAUUUGUUGAAGAGGUUGCUGAUUAUGGGUUACGUGUUUCUUGAUAACAACGCGCGGGAGCCGCCCGUGGCUCUCAAUAUCCCGAAAGCGGCUCUUUUGGAGGUUGGGACGGUUUAUACGAUUUGA